AUGAUGAAUCUCACGUGCAACUCGACGUUGGAGGAAAUGAGGAUCUCUCCGGGAUCCGAGAUCAAGAUCGCCGGGCCUCUCAACUUCCACGACCUCGCCCGCGUCAUAUCCGCCGGCUGCACCCUCAUCGCCGUGGUGCUGAGUCUGUAUCUCAUCUUCAUGCACGCCACCCACUACACACAGCCCAAGGAGCAGCGACACAUCAUCCGCAUCCUCUUCAUGGUCCCCGUCUACGCCAUCUCCUCGUACAUGCAGCUGCAGUGGUACUGGCGCGCCACCUACUUCUCCGUCAUCUCCGACUGCUACGAGGCCUUUGCUAUCGCCUCCUUCUUCGGCCUGAUAUGCCAUUACUGCGCGCCCGACCUGCACACGCAAAAGGAGUUCUUCCGAGGCCUGCGCCCGGUCCAUCCCUGGGUCAUGCCCAUCAACUGGUUCGCCAAGUGCUGCGGCGGUGACCGAGGCCCGUGGCGCACCCCCAAGAGCGGCCUCACCUGGUUCAACAUCAUCUGGAUCGGCGUCUACCAGUACUGCUUCAUCCGCGUUGCCAUGACCGUGACGGCCGUGCUGACCGAGCACUAUGGCCGCUACUGCGAGAGCUCCAACUCUCCCAUUUUCGCUCACAUCUGGGUCCUCGUCAUCAACGCCCUUUCCGUCACCGUCGCCAUGUACUGCCUCAUCCAGUUCUACAUCCAGCUCGCCAAGCCCCUGGCCGAGCACAAGCUGUUCCUCAAGAUCCUCGCCAUCAAGCUCGUCGUCUUCCUGUCCUUCUGGCAGGCCUCGGCCAUUUCCGUCGGCACGUCGACGCUGAAAAUCGUCAAGCCCGGCGAAGUCCUCGCCUAUCCGGAUCUCAAGGUGGGCGUCCCGGCCCUACUGCUGUGCGUGGAAAUGGCCAUCUUUUCCAUGCUGCACAUCUGGGCCUUUCCCUACCAAGUCUACCGCCGCGGCGCCGCCUCGUCCUUCUACCCGAGCCCCGACGCGUCCAAGGGCACCAUUGGCCUGGAGAAGCCCGUUCUGCCCAACCGCGGCGGCUUCCUCGGCCUGCGGGCCCUGUGGGAUGCCAUGAACCUGUGGGACCUGGUCAAGGCCUUUGUCCGCGGCAUGCGCUGGCUCUUCUGCGGCAUCAAGAGGCGCAAGGAGGACGUCAGCUACAAGCUGGGCACCGCCAACGAGGAGGCGCUGAGCCUGAGCAACCUGCACGAGCCCAAGCCCGGCCAGGACGCAUACAACCCCGCGUUCGAGGACCCGACGGCCACCGCGUAUCACGGCGUUGGCGGAGGCGGCGUCAUGUCCCCGAUUGGCGACGAGAGAGUCGGCCUGAUCUACAACGCCCAGCCCAACCCCGACUCGAGCAUGGGCGCGUCACCGCCGUCAGCGUACGGCCAGAGCCAUCUACAACACGCGCAAGCAUAUUCAUACGACCCGCCUCCCUAUGGCGGCGCCGCACACGCGCAGUCACCCUACCACUCAUACGAUCAGUCGCCCCCACAACGACCAGCGCGGCCGUCCGAGCCGUACGGACAGGGAGAUUGGAGACAAGGUUGA